AUGGGUUUAAUUCGUCUCAUCACAAUUGUCUUCAUUCUGAACCUCUCGGACGCUACUGAUCGACACCCUAGAGGGUACGAAACAGAAUUUUGUAUCAUCGGAGCAGGUCCUGCUGGAUUACAACUUGGGUACUUUUUCCAAAAAUCGGGAAUGGACUAUGUCAUAUAUGAACGCUCCAACAUAUCAGGGAGUUUCUUUCUGAAAUAUCCACGUCACGGUAGGCUUAUCAGCAUCAACAAACGCAAUACCGGAAGCAGUAACAAAGAGUUCAACCUCCGUCACGACUGGAACUCUUUACUCAGUGACGAAGAGAGUCUUCUAUUCCGCCAUUACUCAUCCGACUUAUUUCCUCACAAGGAAACAAUGAUUAAAUACCUCAACGACUUUUCGAAACAUUUCCGCCUCAAUAUCAAAUACAACACAGAGAUCAGUAACAUCCGAAUGGCUUCAAUGACGGAUGACAACAGACACGAGGUGUUCCUAAUGGACGACCAACACAAUAACACAAAAACAUGCAGGGUGAUCAUCGUGGCUACCGGAUUAUGGAAGCCAUUUGUUCCUGACUUGCCCGGAUUGGAGUUAACGGAGAGCUACGACGAUCUCUCCUUAGACCCGGAGGACUAUGAGGCUAAAUCUGUCAUGAUCUUAGGUCGAGGAAAUUCAGCUUUUGAGACGGCCGACGCUAUCUAUUCGAAGACGAACUUUAUCCACAUGGUGGGUCGGAGAAGAAUUCGAUUAGCAUGGGAAACCCACUACGUCGGCGAUAUCAGGGCGGUAAACAAUGGCUUACUUGAUACGUACCAGCUCAAGUCACUGGACGGCCUGAUGGAGUUCAAUAACGUAUCGGCGUUUCGGGUGGUGGCGGAGGGAGGCAAGCUGUUCCUUCGAGAUCGAAGUAAUACGUCUAUGUUACACCCGUACGACAACGAUCCCCUGAACACCCCCUACGACAAGAUCAUCAGGUGUCUCGGUUUUACGUUUGAUAAGUCCAUUUUCAACAACGACUCUUGUGUGCCGUUGGGACGUGGACGCCUGGCCAAGUACCCCCGAAUACGACCUGACUACCAAGCAUCCGCUAUCCGUGGGCUUUUCUUUGCUGGGACCCUUGCUCACUCACUGGACUAUCGGAAGUCCGCCGGUGGCUUUGUUCACGGAUUUAGAUACACAGCUCGAGCUCUAUACAACAUUCUAAGACAAAAAUACAAGAAUAAGUCAUGGCCGAGUGUGCGUUUACCACUGGCGGACCUUGCCACAACAAUACUCAAGCGUGUCAACGAGGCAUCCGGGCUCUACCAGAUGUUUAGUAUCCUUGGCGACAUUGUACUUAUUAAUCGCGAGGAACAGAACUUUCAGUAUCUAGAGGAGUUUUCUCUUGGAAUGCUGCACAACUUAGAGUAUUUGACGGGUGUAACCGUUGGGAGUUCCUCGGUACUCGUCGUAGUAUUACAGUACGGGCAUGACUAUCACGGGCCCCAGGAAGAUGUGUUCCGAGUAGACAGAGCUAGUACCGACCCUGUAUACGCUGAACUGUCGAACUUCCUUCAUCCGGUGCUCUACUAUUACGACGUCCUGCCGACACAAGAAGACAUGGCAUCAAUUACCAAUCCGGAAUUUCUCCCAGUACCAAAUGAGAUUCAUCAUGUUUUAGAAGACUUCACAACACAAUGGAACAGACCACAGUCUCACGUGGAACCUCUUUACAUAUUCCUAGAAGAAUUUCUGAAAAUUCCUUUAGAAAUCGAAAUUUCCCACCAAGAAUGCCUUCUGGUGUCUUUAACAAUGUACAAAACUCCAGCGAAUUGCAGAUAUUUUCUUGAUGGCCAUUCAGUGAUUUGAAGACAACAAACAUCAAAAAUAUUGAUCAGUUAUGGACUUUUGAU